GCCUGCGGCUCGCAAACUUCUCUAGCCCCAGCGCCUCCUGCGCCUCGCAGCGCUGCGGGUCCGAGAGCCCCCCGGAACAGCAGGUAAAUGCGGACGCCCAGGUUCUGAAUCAUGCUGGAUCCAAGACAGCGUUCAGCGAGCCCAACCCCUUCACCGAGAUAGCCAUGAACAGCUGCAAGUACAAUGGAGGCGUGGUCCGACCCCUGAGCAGCCUGAGCGCCUCCCAGCGCAACCUCCAUGAACUGGGAGCCGAGACCCAGCCCCUGCAGACCCUCCACAGCUCGGGCCUGGAGGUGGUGGUCUCCAAAACCGAGCAGGCCAAGGAUACAAGCUUGCAGGCGGAAGAGGAGGCGGCGGCGGCGCGCUCCCGGAGCCAGAAGAAGAACCAGAACGUUGGAUACCGGCUGGGCCACCGGCGGGCGCUCUUCGAGAAGCGCAAACGCCUGAGCGACUACGCCUUGAUCUUCGGGAUGUUCGGCAUCGUCGUCAUGGUGACGGAGACGGAGCUCUCCUGGGGAGUCUACACCAAGGAGUCUUCAUAUUCAUUUGCACUGAAAUGCCUUAUCAGCCUUUCAACCAUGAUACUUCUGGGCCUCAUCAUCAUGUACCAUGCCAGAGAAAUCCAGCUCUUCAUGGUGGACAACGGGGCGGACGACUGGAGAAUAGCCAUGACCUACAAGCGGAUCUUUUUCAUCAGCCUGGAGCUGAUGGUGUGCGCCAUCCACCCCAUCCCGGGCCAGUACCUCUUCACCUGGACGGCCCGGCUGGCCUUCACCUACACCACCUCGGUGGCCGACGCCGACGUGGACAUCAUCCUCUCCAUCCCCAUGUUCCUGCGGCUCUACCUGAUCGGGCGCGUCAUGCUGCUGCACAGCAAACUGUUCACCGACGCCUCCUCCCGCAGCAUCGGCGCCCUCAACAAGAUCAACUUCAACACCCGCUUCAUCAUGAAAACCCUCAUGACCAUCUGCCCCGGCACCGUGCUGCUGGUCUUCAGCAUCUCCUCCUGGAUCAUUGCCGCCUGGACGGUGCGCGUGUGCGAGAGGUAUCACGACAAACAGGAAGUGACCAGCAAUUUCCUGGGAGCGAUGUGGUUAAUUUCAAUCACGUUUCUCUCCAUCGGCUAUGGCGACAUGGUGCCGCACACCUAUUGCGGGAAGGGGGUGUGCCUGCUCACUGGAAUCAUGGGCGCUGGGUGUACGGCCCUGGUUGUCGCUGUGGUGGCCCGGAAGCUGGAACUCACCAAAGCUGAAAAACACGUGCACAAUUUUAUGAUGGACACACAGUUAACGAAGCGGGUGAAAAAUGCUGCUGCCAACGUACUCAGGGAAACUUGGCUCAUCUACAAACACACCAAGCUGGUGAAGAAGAUCGAUCAUGCCAAAGUUCGGAAACACCAGCGUAAGUUCCUCCAAGCCAUCCAUCAAUUGAGGAGUGUGAAAAUGGAGCAACGGAAACUGAAUGACCAGGCAAACACCCUGGUGGAUUUGGCAAAGACCCAGAACGUCAUGUACGACAUGAUCUCCGAGCUCCAAGAGCGCAACGAGGACCUGGAGAAACGCAUCAACACCCUGGAGAGCAAGAUCGACUCGCUGGGCCUCAGCCUACACGCCCUGCCCGGACUCAUCAGCCAAGCCAUAAGCCAGCAGCAGCGAGAGCUGGCCAAGCGCUGCGCCCCCAGGUUCUGCCCCAUCUCCAACAGCUCCGAGAGGUCCUCGUGGACGCCCACGCGCCGGCGGAAGUCUCCUUCCACCGCUCCCCACACCUCGUCGGAGAGCGGGUGACACCAGGGGGCGGGCCCGGCGCUCGGGCCCGUUUAUGUCUGGCCAUUGUGUGGCUGAUUCUGUUUGCUUUGUUCUGUAAAGCCCUGUACAGUUAAACUCC